AUGGCGGACGCGUCCACCAAUCGCCGCCGCAAUCGCCCUCCGACCGCCGCCGCCGCCGCCGCCGCCGCCCUCCUCCUCGCCGUGUUCCUCGCGCUCGGCCUAAUACCCAAUGCCUCCGCCGAGCCCGCCCCGGCCCCGCCGGCGCCGGCGUGCGGGGCCGAGUCCCGCGGCGGGUGCCACGACAGGCCCGAGGCCCUGAAGCUCAAGGUGGUGGCGAUCGCGGCCAUCCUGGCAACGAGCAUGAUCGGGGUCGGCGCCCCGCUGUUCUCCCGGGAGGUCCCCGCGCUGAAGCCCGACCGGAAGCUGUUCGUCAUCAUCAAGGCCUUCGCCUCCGGGGUCAUUCUGGCCACGGGGUACAUGCACGUGAUGCCCGACUCCUUCGACGACCUGCGGUCCGAGUGCCUGCCCGAGGUCCCGUGGCGGAAGUUCCCGUUCACCACGUUCGUCGCGAUGCUCUCCGCCGUGAUCACUCUGAUGGUGGACUCGUACGCCAUGGCCUACUACAAGAAGAUCAAUGCCAAGAUAAGCAGCGGCGGCGGCGGCGGGGGCGGGGAUGCGAAUGGUCAAGCGAAGGACGCGGUGGUGGGGUUAGAGCAUGGAGGGGCCGAGGCGCACCUGCACGGCGGCGGCGGCGCCGGCGCGAUCGAGGGAGAGAAGGAGCAGCUGCUGAGGUAUAGAGUCGUGGCUCAGGUGCUGGAGCUGGGCAUCGUGGUGCACUCGGUGGUGAUAGGCCUCUCGUUGGGGGCCUCCGACAAUCCAUGCACGAUCCGGCCGCUCAUCGCCGCCCUCUGCUUCCACCAGAUGUUCGAGGGGAUGGGCCUCGGCGGGUGCAUACUACAGGCGGAGUUCGGGCUCAAGGUGAAGUUUAUCAUGGCCUUCUUCUUCUCGGCCACCACGCCGUUCGGGAUUGCGCUCGGGAUCGGCCUGUCGAACGUGUACAGCGACAGCUCCCCGGCGGCGCUGAUCGUGGAGGGGCUGCUGAACGCGUCGUCGGCAGGGUUGCUGAACUACAUGGCCCUCGUGGACCUCCUCGCCGCCGAUUUCCUGGGCCCGAGGUUGCAGGCCGACAUGAAGCUCCAAUCGUGGGCCUACGUCGCGGUCCUGUUCGGAGCCGGAUUCAUGGCCCUGAUGGCUAAAUGGGCCUAG